UCCCCCUUCAUUCUCACUCAUUCUCAAUUCAAAACCCUAAUUUUAACUUUCUCGGAAAAUUUCAAUUUUCUCGGGAAAAUGUCUGGUCGUGGAAAGGGCGGAAAGGGACUCGGCAAGGGCGGCGCCAAGAGGCACAGGAAGGUGCUCCGCGACAACAUCCAGGGCAUCACGAAGCCGGCGAUUCGGAGGCUGGCGAGGAGAGGCGGUGUCAAGAGGAUCAGCGGUUUGAUCUAUGAGGAGACUAGGGGAGUGCUGAAGAUUUUCUUGGAGAACGUGAUUCGUGAUGCGGUGACUUACACGGAGCAUGCUAGGAGGAAGACGGUGACUGCUAUGGAUGUGGUUUAUGCUCUCAAGAGGCAGGGAAGAACCCUCUAUGGAUUUGGAGGUUGAAGACUAUUGGUUUUACUUUUUUGGAGAAGAAUAUGCAUAUGCAUUUCUCUAUUUGCUUGUUCAUGGGUUGUGUGAUUUUGUGAAAUGUAAAGCUGAAUGUGAUUGAAGCAUAACCAAUUGUAGGGUUAAUUGGAAAUUAGGGUUUUCUAGUGAAUUAUAAAUCAAGUUUCUGUUAAA